AUAUAUUUAGAACUAAUUGAACUCGGUUUUUGUUUUCAGUAUUUGACUCAUGUCAUUCUAUGUGGUGCUCUAGUUAAGAAAAAUGAAUUUUUUCGCUCUGUUUGCAUUUGGAGCUUUGAUUGGAUCUGUAUACUGUGAUAAUGAAUGUUUCAGAUCAGUCUUUGGCUGCAAGGGGUCAUCUGAAAAUAGUACAAUGUGUGAGUUCAGCAGGGCGAAAGCAAUUUGGCUGCAUUCUUAAUAAGGCUAUAGAAUGCAAAAUGGGAUUUACCGAAGAUGCUAAAAAGGUGAUGAAGCUUAUGGAAAACACAUGUACCGAAGGAAAAGCGAUGACCAGAUUGUUUAAUCAGAAUCAGAAAUGCUUCAACUUAUCCAUCAACGAUAAGAAAUGCAAAAGCAUUAUUGAGAAUAUAAUACUUGACAAUUCUAUGAAUUUUAUACAGACGAAUAAAUUAUUAUGCAGGAAAUUGGAUACUUACACAGAGUGCAUAAUUGAAUCUGUGGUUGAUAAUUGUGGAAGGGGAGUGAAGAGCUUCUUUUCCCACAUUUUUGAUAGGCUGGUCACUUUGAGCCGAAGCAUAUGCGACGAAAUUAUUUUACCUGCAGACGAUACUGACGAAGAUGAUGACAACGUAGGCAAUUUCAGUCCUUUUUCAAUUCUUGUGAAUUUCUUCGAACGAAUUCGUGAAUGAGUUGAAAAGAGAUUUUUUAACUAACGCGAGAUCCUUAUUGAUCGUAUUUGAUGUCGGAUGUAAGUCAAC